AUGAGCAUCGUUGAUGACAAUGGUGUUGCUGAAUUCCCAUCUGAUUUGAAGGUUCUCGUAGUUGAUUAUGAUAAAACAUCUCUCCUAGUACUGGAAAGAAUGCUUCGAAAGUUAUUAUAUCAAGUUACCAAGUGUCAGCACGGGAGUGAUGCACUUGCUUUGCUUAGAGAGAAAAACAACAGAUUUGAUAUUGUAAUAUGUGAUUCACAUAUGCGUGACAUUGAUGGACUCAAGCUUAUUAAGACCAUUGUUUCAGAGAUGGACUUGCCGGUCGUUGUGAUAUCUUCGGACGAAAGACAUGGAGUUAUUAUGAAGGGUAUACUCAAAGGAGCUUGUGAUUAUUUGGUGAAACCAGUUCGCAUGGAAGCUAUUAGUCUCAUUUGGCAGCAUGUGGUUCGCAAGAAGAUACGUUUUCUUGCACAAUUUCAGAAGCCUAGCAUUGACAACAUUAACAUUGACAGGUUAAGCCUACUACAGCUGUCUAAUGAUACCACCGCUUCCACUAAUCGAAUCGUCCCGACAAUAGAUAAAAGAAGCCUGAAACGGAAGAGCGAAGACGGAUCUAAUGAUGGAGAAUCCUCCAACGAAGAGACGACCUGGAAGAAACCGAGGGUGGUUUGGACACAAGAGCUCCAUGAGUUGUUUGUUACUGCUGUGAAUCAACUUGGAGAUGGCAAUGAUGUUCCGAAGAAAAUUUUGGAGCUUAUGCAAGCUAUGAAUGUUACUAUUCUUACAAGAGAGAAUAUUGCAAGUCAUCUUCAGAAAUAUCGCAUGCAUCUUCAGAAAGAAAGUGCAAGAUCGGCUGGUAACCGAGAUCUCAAUGCCUACCAACAAUUCCAACCCACACCCACAACCACAACCACUUCUGCAUAUCAACUUCCACAUCAAAAUCUUGCAAAUGGGCAUGUUUUAAGUACAGUUCCAAGUCAUGUUGAUAGAGGGAGCAAUGUUUUCGACUCAUAUAUUGUUUCCCAAUCAAGUCACAGUCCUCGAAUCGAUGCCUCCUUGUAUGAUCCCUCUCGGUCGAACUUGUUAUACCAGAAUGAUUUUCCUUCUAGUGAUGGUGUUGCCAUCUCAAUGGAAGAAAAUCUGUACAGUACUGCAGGGAGCGUCACGGAGCUUUCGAAUCUAUUUUCGGCUGCUGGCGGAAUGAUCUAUGAUACCUCGUUUUUGCAAGAGGAGGUUGCACUUGUUGGACUUCAAUCUAACAUGGGUGGGUACCUCCCCUGCAGUUCUAAUUACUUCGGUUUGACACAAAGCUAGAUUAUUAUUUUUUCUUUCAAAGGUGCAUUUUGUUGUUUCUUCAGCUUAA